AUGAUGGAAGACAACAAGAAAGGAGUCUCCAUGGAAAUCAACCCAGAUUCGAAGGGUGACCAAGAUGUUGCACAAGGCUCAGUUGCAGACUUCGUUGCCGGAUCUCAACACCUACAUCGAAGUCUUCGCGGCAAAGAAGUCCAACUCUUCGCCAUAGGUGGUGCGAUUGGUACAUCACUGUAUGUACAAAUGGACUCGGCUCUUCCGAAAGGCGGCCCCGCCGGUCUCUUCAUUGCGUUUGUCAUCUGGGCAGCCGUGAUGUGGGCUGUCAACGAAUGCUUCGCGGAGAUGGUAUCUUACCUGCCAGUCCCUUCACCAUUUAUAAAAUUCGGUGGUGAGUGGGUAGAUGGCGCUCUCGGGUUUGCCAUGGCAUGGAACUUCUUCUUAAACAUGGCGAUCUUGGUACCCUUCGAAAUUGUGGCAAUGAACAUCAUGAUUACCUUUUGGACCGACAAAGUACCUGUCGAGGCUAUCAUUGUUGCAAUGAUUGUUAUCUACGCAUUCUUGAACACGAUUACCGUUAGAUACUUUGGUAUCAGCGAGUUCUACAUGUCCAUCUUCAAAGUACUCUUGGUUCUUGGACUCUUCCUCUUCACCUUCAUCACCAUGGUGGGCGGCAAUCCUCUCCAUGAUGCAUACGGCUUUAGAUUCUGGAAUAGGCCAGGUGCUUUUGCCGAGCAUUUGGUACCAGGAGGAACCGGAAAGUUCUUAGGUGUGCUCUCUUGCCUUUAUCAAGCAAGCUUUUCGUAA